AUGUUCAAAGGAAUAGCCAACGCAUGCAGCGCAUGCCUUCGAUAUAGAAGGACUAAUGUGACUGCUAUGCUACUAAUCGUAUAUGUUUUAGUCGUGGUUCUUUAUUUGAAUAACAAUUUAUUACACAAAAACGAAUUCUUACCAGCAGAUGAUGAGUCUGUAAGGUUACUUGAAAAUGCCUGGUCAGAUUUGCAGAAUAUAACGUACAAGCCUCAUCCAUAUACAUCACAUUUUAACGACAAAGUUCACGAUUAUUUAGUUUACAGAGUUAAAGAGCUAAUUGGUAACAACACAUUUUGUGAGAUUUCUGAUGAUUAUGAAUCUGAAAGAUCUAUUUUAUUUCCACAGAAGGACGUUUUCAAUGUUUCUUCAAAGAAAUCAUCUGUGAUAUAUUUUGAAUCGUCGAACAUCUUGGUUAAGAUACAAGGUAAAAAAGGUAAAAGUAACACAGAAGGUUUAUUACUGUCGGCGCAUUAUGAUUCCGUUCCUACUGCAAACGGUGCUACGGAUGAUGGUAAAGGUAUAGUGUCUAUUUUGGCUCUUCUUGACUAUUAUUCUAAACAUCAACCUGAAAGAACUAUCAUUUUAAACCUCAAUAACAACGAAGAAUUUGGUUUAUUAGGGGCACACACUUUUUUUGAUCAUCCAUGGGCAAAACUGACUAAAUAUUUUAUUAAUUUAGAAGGAACAGGUACAGGUGAAGGAAAUGCUAUAUUAUUCAGAACUACAAAUGUUAUGACAGCAAAUUUAUACAAAAAUGCAGUGAAAAUUCAACCAUUUGGUAAUUCUAUUUUCCAACAAGGAUUUAAUCAAAGAUUAAUCCAUAGCGAAACUGAUUAUAAAGUAUACGAGGCCAAUGGUUUGAUGGGUUGGGAUAUAGCAUUUUAUAAACCAAGAAGCUUGUAUCAUACAGCAAGAGAUAAUGUUCAAAGUACAUCGAGGAGUGCGCUUUGGAAUAUGUUAUCUACUACAUGGCAAUUGAGUGAUUAUGUUUCCAAUACACAUUCUAUUAACAACAAUGAUAAUUCAAAUGAUCCGGCAAUUUUCUUUGAUGUUUACAGAACUUUAUUUUUUGCAUUUUCAGCAAAAUGGCUAUUUGUGAUUAAUAUUCUUGUGUUGAUCGGUUUCCCUCUCUUGUCUUUGUCAUUGAAUCUUUUAGCAAGAAAGAGAAAUAUCCCUGUUUCUGUUCCUGUUUUUAGCUGGUUGGAAUUUCCGUUGGCAACAUCCAUUUCGAUAUUUCUUCUUGUAGUAUCUGAAAAAGCUAUAAUAAAGAAGAAUCCAUAUAUUGUUUCUCACGAUUUCAUGGAUUUCAUUCUAUUCUUUGCGGUUCAAAAAACUUUCGUCGAUAUAAUCUUAACAAGGGUUUUAGAAUUGAUAUCCAACCAAAAAGUAUUAAAGGAUAUAAUACUGAUAGAAUUAAUGAUUCUGUCAUGGUUUCUUUUACUUGGAUGUACAAUUAUGUUAAAGAUUACCGACUUUAAAAGUACUGGGGUGUAUCCAAUUACAGGUGUGUAUAUCAGUAUCAGUUGCGCUGUAUUAAUCUACUGUCUAGUGUGUUUAUUUGGUCAGAGAAAGAGGAAUCCUCACACAAUUUUGCAAACAACAUCUUAUUCUGGUACAACCGAAUUUACAGUUUCAAAUAAUAGUGAUCAUGGUGCGCAGGAAGAAACGAAUGCACCUUCUAUAUUACAUGACAAUGAACAAGGGAUUAUGGGGCAAGACUCAGAAAUAGAUAUUGAUGAAAGAGCACCUUUAUUAUCCUCCUCUGGCAAUACGAAUGAUGAUGACGACGAGAAUGAUAAUAUUCAAGAACAUACUGUAAGUGUUCUGAAGGGAUAUUGUACCGCAAAACAUUAUGAAUGGCUAUUACAGUUUUUGGUACUUGUACCUAUAAUGUUUAUACUUUUCCAAGCUGUUGUCGAUUGUUUGUCUGGUUUGAACCAAACAAUUCAAGAAUCAGAAGACUCAUUUAACCUUGUCUACAGUGGUGUUCUUUGGUCCUCUGUAAUAUUGAGUCUCUUAGUUUUACCGUUUAUGUCCAAGGUUGGAGGUCAUGUUACUAUAUUCCUCUUCGGUGCCUGGAUUGUCACCGGUAUCUAUUGCAUUUCAGUUGAAUCUUUUGACUGGGGUACACCACUUAAAGUUAGGUUUUCACAGGAUAUUGAUGGUACUGUAGAAAUAACAGGGCAAAUCGAUAUGGUAAAAAAUUUGAUAUAUGAUCUACCAAGUUAUAAACGUGACAACUAUGCAAAUAUCAAGCAUGGUGUGAAAUGUAGCUAUGGAUAUAUUGGCGUUUGUUAUUAUAAGGGUAUGCUACCUACUGUUGUACCUUAUAUCGACAAAAAUGCCAAGAACAGCUCAGAAAUUCUUUCUGUUGAUGUAAUUAAUAAUGAUAGAUUAUCUCCUGACCGUUCUAAGUAUGCCCCAAUUAAUGCCCAAAUUAGAUUAAAUGUACCAAAUAAUAGAGCAUGUGUGAUCUCAUUCAAUUCGACUAAUUCAAUGAGCUCAGUAUCUGCAGUUAGAAAGAUUAGCGUUUUCAACAACUAUUCAAGUGGUACAGAUACCGGUAAUAAAUUAACAUAUAAAUCGAACAGUGAUAUUAACGAGCUGCAGUUACACAAAUUGAAUUUCACUAGUGGUGGUUAUUUGCUUGGGAUUGAAUGGUUUCCAAGAUUAUUAUGGGAUAAAAAACUGGAAACUACUCAGGAGAGUGAUUAUUUAGAUUCUUUAGGUCUCAAUAUUAGGUGUUUCUGGGGAGACUACGAACCAGAGACGCUAAAUAAUGGUGAGCCAAUACAUUUAGUUCCUGCCUAUGAGGAAUUGCUAAACUAUGCACCAUUGAGGUACUCUAUCACAAAUAAAGAGAAGGGACUGGUGUUCGCAAAUCAAUAUAUCGAAUUAUAA